AUGAAAAAAGUUGAAACUUUAAAGCGACAAGAUUUCCAGCAAUUUUAUGUUCAACAGCAAUUACAAGCAUCACAUAUUGCAUUGGACAUGAAAUGGUCAACUCUUAAAAAUAUAGAUGUGAUGGGGAAAAAUCAUCUCACAACACAACAGAAACUGAGCGUAAGAGCUGCUUGUGCCUAUCGCGCAAAGCCUUCAACACAAACAAUGAGAAUAAUAAGAGAAUUACCAAAGAGGGAUGAAUAA